AUGUACGAAAUUCUUCCUCAACAGCCACAGCAUCCUCAGCAUUUCCAAGUUUUCAAACAACAAAAUAACUUCCAUUUCGGAUACCUCGUCGACCCCUUUGCCGCCUAUCGCGCGCAUACCCCAUCGCCACUGGGGUUAUGCAACACGAACAGUGUGAAGAAACCAGCACCUAUCUUCUCGACGAUGAAAAACACAUGCACCGAUAACAAUGCCGAUAACCGCGCCGCCGACAAGGAGAAUAACAAUAACCAAUCCAUUGGCUUCCACUCUCCGAACCAGCAGAAUGCUAGCCACCUACUCUCAUUCACACCAACCUCAUCUGAGAAAGAGUCUACAUACGAACAACGCUUUAAAUCCGGCUCAUCGAAUCGGCCGUUCGCAAAGAUCUUUGGUUCGCCAUCUAGUGGCUCAUCCUCAUCGACUGCACAUGCCUCCAAACAACGCACAGUCUUCCUGAACAAGGUCAAACGAGAUCGCGACAACGCGCGAUUCAAUGCUCGUGGUGAAUCUAUCAUGAUGAUGGAGCACAUUUCCGAGCAGAAGCAGUGGCAGGAGCGAAUGCGGCGGGAAGCGGAUAUGAUUUUCCAGCAGUACCACCUAGACGAAGGAGAACUCAGCGAUGAGGACCUGCAAAUGGCUGUUGAUUCCGAGCAGGAUGUGCUCGAGCAGAUUCUUUCGCACGAGGAUGAGAUGGAUGCGUUGUUGGAGAAUAUACCGGAGAAUGAAACAACAGUGUCGCCCACAAAAAGUGAGCAGUCGUUUGAUGAUGACAUGGAUUAUGAAGAUAUUUUCAAAGAGCUUGUGGGCAACGAUCAACAGCAGUCACUGGAUAUGGAUAUGUCGGGGUGA